UUUAUUUUAUUUUAUUUAUUUAUUUAUUCAUUUUCAGUGGUGCAAUUACUUAAAUGGUAUUAAAAUUGGGAGUGUUCCAAAAUCUGUUUUAACGUCCUCUCCAUUCCUUCGCAUUCGCAGAAGUGAUUGUCAUCAUCGAUAUUUUAUAUAUACACUCCCAAAAAAAAAAAAAAAAAACACUUUCUUUUUAUAUCUCGCAUUCCAUUUCUUUGUUUUCUCAGUUGAGGAACUCUCUCUUUCUCGCUCUCGAUUUUCUUUCUCUCUCUCUAUAUUCAAGUUUUCUGUUCUCUGCAAGUUGAAAAUGGCUGCUGCCGCUGCUGCUCUUAGCCCUGCGGAUGCCGAGAAGCUCUCCAAUCUCAAAUCUUCUGUGGCUGGACUUAACCAAAUCAGUGAGGAUGAGAAGAAGGGAUUCAUCAACCUCGUUUCUCGCUAUCUCAGCGGCGAAGCGCAGCAUGUUGAAUGGAGUAAGAUCCAGACACCUACUGAUGAGGUAGUCGUUCCUUAUGACAGCCUGGCACCCGUUUCUGAUGAUCCUGCUGAAAUCAAGAAGCUGUUGGACAAGCUUGUUGUGCUAAAGCUUAAUGGAGGUUUGGGGACAACAAUGGGUUGCACUGGUCCCAAGUCGGUCAUUGAAGUUCGUAAUGGAUUGACUUUUCUUGACUUGAUUGUCAUUCAAAUUGAGAAUCUCAAUUCUAAAUAUGGUUCCAAUGUUCCCUUGCUUCUAAUGAACUCGUUCAACACUCAUGAUGAUACAUUGAAGAUUGUUGAGAAGUACUCACAGUCAAGUGUUGAGAUUCAUACUUUCAACCAGAGCCAGUAUCCUCGUCUGGUUGUUGAAGAUUUUUCACCACUUGCAUCCAAAGGAGUGACUGGCAAGGAUGGAUGGUAUCCUCCUGGCCAUGGUGAUGUAUUCCCCUCCUUGAAGAACAGUGGCAAACUCGAUGCCUUAUUGUCCAAGGGAAAGGAGUAUGUGUUUGUAGCCAACUCGGAUAACUUGGGUGCCAUCGUCGACUUGAAAAUAUUAAAUCAUUUGAUUCGAAACAAGAAUGAAUAUUGCAUGGAGGUUACACCAAAAACCUUGGCUGAUGUGAAGGGUGGCACUCUUAUUUCUUAUGAAGGAAGGGUUCAGCUUCUGGAAAUUGCUCAAGUCCCUGAUGAACAUGUCGGUGAAUUCAAGUCAAUAGAGAAGUUCAAAAUUUUUAACACAAACAACUUGUGGGUGAACUUGAAUGCAAUUAAAAGGCUUGUGGAAGCUGAUGGACUUAAGAUGGAGAUUAUCCCAAAUCCAAAGGAAGUGGAAGGAUUCAAGGUACUUCAGCUAGAAACUGCAGCUGGUGCAGCAAUACGGUUCUUUGAUCAUGCUAUUGGUGUCAAUGUGCCUCGAUCUCGAUUCCUUCCAGUGAAGGCUACUUCAGAUUUGCUUCUUGUUCAGUCUGAUCUUUAUACCUUAUCUGAUGGCUUUGUCACCCGCAAUCCGGCAAGAAAAAAUCCUGCAAAUCCUUCUAUUGAACUGGGGCCUGAGUUCAAGAAGGUUGGCAACUUCUUGAGCCGAUUCAAGUCGAUCCCUAGUAUCAUUGAGCUUGACAGCCUCAAGGUUGCUGGUGAUGUGUGGUUUGGUUCUGGAGUUGUUCUCAAGGGGAAAGUAAACAUCACAGCAAAAUCUGGGGUGAAGGUGGAAAUUCCUGAUGGAGCUGUGCUUGAAAACAAGACCAUUAAUGGCCCUGAGGAUCUGUGAGUUUCUCAACGAAAAUAUUUCAGAAGAACACGUAUCCAUUUUGAAGAUCAGGUCUAUUUGUCAAUUAUGUAAUGCUCUGUGUAUGCUGAGAUGAGAUGAGAUGA